UAUAAUUAUAUGUCGUAGUCGGGUGUAUAUAUCUUAGCUGGGUGUGAGCUCCCACUGUUAAUCCUGUGUGCUUGUUUGCACACUGAGUUGGCGUGACUUUCUGCUAUAACCGUCUUGACCGUUUGGAUCUUAGUGUCACUGAAGUGCUGGAGUCGUUGAGGGCAUGACGGAACGACUGUGUUAUGUACUCGAGACACCCUUGUUUUAGCUUUCAGUCAUUCUUCUACUGACUGCUUCAAGACCCCUGGCAGGCUAACCUUGUUGUGAAGCUUACAGAAAUGGAAGACAGAACAGAAGGUAGUCUCGGCUACUUUGUCGUCGAAAAACAUUGGACAUGUGAUUCGAUGACUUGAAUUGGUACAGAUCAGUGACUAGACAACAAUUUAUGAUUAAUUCCGAGAAGUGCUCAGAGUCUGACAGAGUGCAUUCUUCAUACUGUUGUCUUCACAUCGUCGAGAAUCUGAAUAGUGCAGACGGAGAGGGUGAGAGAGUAAGAAGAGCGAGGAAAAUUUAACCAAAUUGGUGGCUAGGACAUAUGACAGCCUUCGCUUCCUGAUACGGUGGAUGUGUUUGUGACCAAAACUAAAUUGAAAUAUUAGAACUCAUGAUGACCUCUGAGAAAUCUUGCAAGUGGUUGGCUUCUCCUGUGGGAUGCACACCCUAAUUUUAUGACAUAUUCCUGGAAAAAGAAAAAAAUGCAUUGGAUAAGGCCAGCUUCUCGAUUCCGCCGGAUGUCUAGGGUGGUGCUGCUGUUGAUCAAAGUGUGCAACAUCUGCAAAGACACUCUGAGGCGCGGUCUGAGGAAGGAACCUUGGUACGCACUGAUUGACACCACGGUUGCCACUAGCAACCUUCAGAAGAGACGGAAAGGUCCCCGUGCCUUUGUCACCUUCGUCCCCAACGAUGCAAAAGAAUUGAUUCAACUGACGUUUGAUGCGGCGGACUUCAGCCGUGACCACCGAACCGAAUUUAUCCUGACUGACAAGCUGCGUGAAAUGAUGUCGAUCGUUCCCGGCCAACGACGACCAGAGCAGAUCGCCGAGAUACUCCGUUGCCUCAAAACAUUGUCUACUGACUUUGCCAGCUACACCCUUUCAACGCAAAAGCAAAUAUGUCAGAGGGCUUUCUAUGACAAGUAUAGGUUUAACAGGGUGAUCCUCAAGCAAGGUCACCCAGCCGAUGGAAUAUACUUCGUGCUCUCCGGGCAAUUGAUUGAAAAACACGAGAGCAAAAAGCACCCAAAGGAACUCCAUGCGGGUGAAAAAUUUGGGGAAACAGACUUGCUUUGCUGCAGACGACGGCGCUACACGGUGGUGACGAAGACAAACACAGAACUGCUCUACCUGCACCGACAGGAUUACAAAGUCAUCUUUGACAUGGCUGAUGACGCUAACAACCUCAAACAUCUUGAAAUAUGCAAGCAGCACGCUGUAUUUCAACACUUCCCGAUGCAGCGGCUGGUGGAAACACCCGGUGUAUGGAGUGUCGUGAAGUACAAAUUCGGACAGUUGAUUGCAAGGGACGCCAACAAUGUUGACUGGAUUUACGUGAUUAAAUCGGGAGAGGCUCGUGUUCUGAAAUAUCUCGACCCAUGCCAUAUCGACGUCCAAGCCAGACGACGCAAAAUUCAGGCUUUUCUGAACAGUCAGUCGCCAUUCUACAGAAAGAAACGCCUCUACGACUUCAUACAAGACAGGGAUUACAUUAAAUCGUCGUACAAGCCAGCCAUCUACCAUCCUCAAGUUGUCAACCGCGCCCUCGUCAAGUCAGCUCCUCCUUCGACAUCGCGAUGUCAUGUGACUUCAUCGAAAACACGAAUUCUACAGUCCAGCGUCAGCCUACCUGUCACAAAACAAGGACUAAGACAGGCCUUCAUCACGCGACCAUCAACAGAGGCUAGACAAGGGAGACCAAUCAGGCAAGAGUUAUCCCUUCCCAAGCUCGUCAUCGACGCUGUGCCGGCCUGUGAGGAAGUGGUCACUGGCAGUGAGUUCGUCGACAAAAUCCACGCAGAUGUUGAGGAGGACAUGAUGGUGCAGGAGAGAGUCGAACAACUAUCCGUACCGUCUGCAUCUCCCCUUGAAGGUUCCUUGAUUGUCCCUCGGAGAGAUCUCAGCGAAGAGAGACCAGAAAGACCUGAUCAAAGCAUAACAGACAGUACCGGUUGUGGUGACGAUGUGAGCUUUGGACAACUUACACACGAUAAUGUUCGCAACGAUAGUCGCGAUCACAAUCAGGUGGUCAAACAAUUUCUGGAAAAGAAUGUGGUACCUGAUGUGGCCGGCGAUCACUGCCGAAAAACAGAUCCAGUGCAUGAUGGGAAGACUCAAAGUCCAGAGGGAGGGACUGGCACUUCUCCAAUGGCACGCGGGAGGUCGUCCAGCUUUCCUAACACUCCGCUGUCGGGAGUAGCGGCGCCUAUCCGCUCGCUCAGUGGACGUAAGAUCGAUUCUCCUUCUCAGGUGAUUCAGGUGGGCAGCCACACCUUGCCAGCUUUCGUGCAGAUUGAAACGCUGUAUCCAGGACAAGUUUUUGGACUUAGAGCUUGCUUAGAUCCCGAAGAAAGAGGACCCACAGUCAGUUUGGUGAGUGGGGAGUGCGAGGUGUUACAGAUCAACAGGAAGUUCUUUAUGCGCCACUGCGACGAUGCAAUCUACGGUCUCAUUAGGCUCAAGCACAAACCUUUCCCAAGCGAGGAGGAUCUAAUUGAUCGGCUGGAUGUCAACAUGCGGUGGGAGGAGUACAAACAGCGAACUCUCUCCAGCAUCCUGCCCCAAAGUCGCCCAGUCCACUCUACUUCACGUCUACGUCAUCCCAACAGGCAUGAGUAUAGUAGGUAUUGAGCAAACAUGCUCACAGGAAGUUCGGGUUCAGAUGAGUAAUUGAUAAUGACGGGUUCAAUCACUGGAAGAUUAUUAAUUUUACGUCGUCUCUCUUACACACCACCUAAAAUGGCCGGAAGAACGGAAGAAUAAGGACUCCAUCCUGCAAUGACAGAAUGAUUUGACAUUACAUUGGCGUGGUGACUGAAGCGCUUUUAAUGUUCACAAUCUCGCUUGCUGGCGGAGAGCCUAGUUUCAGACUUCCAUCUGUCCCAACUCUCUAAGUCCUGGACCUUUUAACGAACAGGCAGCAGAGUUUCCGUCAAUCGUCUUCUCUCAGAUCCUGCUGUCCCUGUUCAGGUUUCCCUCAAGGCUGCUGCUUGUCUCCACUACUGUUCAUACUGUAUACUAGCAGUUAUAGAAGCACUACUGAUGGGAGAUUUCUUAUAAAAUUAUAGAACUCUGCCUUGCUGUCUGUUUUGAAGACUGGCCGUGAUCCUUGUACUAGCCUGAUGUGACCUAAGGUCACCAACUGUAUUUACUGGAAUAUAUGUGUGUAUGUGAGAGAGAGAGAGUUAACUUGUUUUCAACAUGCAUGCGUAUGUAUUAUCUUGAAUUGCCCUUGUGGAUAAAUAAAGCUGUAAUGAAAUACACAUCAAGCUGUUAGUCAUAUCACAGGCGUGCGUGCACAUACCCCACAUAUACACACAUUGUAUAAAAAAGUGAACAAAUAGAUAACAGUGUAUUCAACUCUUGAAUAUGUAAUAUUACUCUGGCGUUCGAUUACCUCACACCAUAAUACACACUCGUGCAUACACGUAUCAAAGCACAAUGCUUCAUAGAAAACAUAACAGCUGAACAGCAGUAAAACAAAUAAGAAAAAACUGGAUAUGUAAGGACAACUCUCCUGACCUGCUGACAAAAAGAAAACAACAGACUGUGCUGGCUUGCAACAUUCUGUGGAAUGAAAAAAUGAAAGUGGAAAGAAACAGAAAUUAAGCCGACAGGUCUUUUAUGUGAAUGCAGUGAGAGAGGAACUAACGGAACAUGUAAGCAAUCUUUGUUGUGAAUGUUUGAUACUAGCAACUAUACAAGGCCCCUCUUGAAAUGGACGGCAACAUGCCACAGUGAUCACAGAAUAAAGGACGGGAUAAGCUCUGUUUACACACAGCUCUUAUUAUAACAUCUUGAUUAAGAUAUACCAUAUAAUGAGACCGUCGUGUCAUUCUCGAUCAAUAUAUACGAUUAGUCAAGGCAGUCAUAUAAAAGCUGAAUAAAUUAUGCCAUCUGUCAAAGCAAUUGCAAUAAUCUAGAUUAAGUAAACAGCAUCCAUAUGGUCUGUUUAAGCUUUUGAAAAAAAAGUACAGUCCGGCAAGACACUCGGUGUACAUGAUAUGUUUGAACACGUCGCAAUAAGCACAUCUAUACCUGUGGUAUCGUCUAUCACGGCGUUUUGCGCUUAUUGUGUUGGUAUUGCACUUGCCUACAUCCGCAAUCGCGACACCAGACUUCGACGUCUGGUUCCAAACACUAUGAUUAAUUUUCUUUUAUAAAUAUUUUCUUUCAUUGCACUUUCGCCAUAAAAGAAAUUUACAUUAUUUUUCAUCGCUUUACCAGCAGGAAAAACAUUUUGUGAUGUGGUACAUUGUUACAUCAGAACUAUAUUGUGUCUACGAAUGAGACAUGCAGUCCCGUUAACUUCAUCUUACUAAUUCUUGUGAGUCUCUUGCCUCCUUCACCCUACUACGUGUGUUUAAGUAUUGUAAGCUUUGGUCAAUACGUACUGGCUGCGCCCCAUCCUUCCUCAUUCAUCGUAUUUUUUUUUUAAAACCACGCCUGGGUCUCACAACCAUUUUAUCGCAUUUAAAGAACGGAACGUUGAAAGUGGAAACUUUUGUUCUAAAAUUAAAACGCACAAAAAAAA